AUGGGUGGAGGUCGAUCUAAGACAAAAAAUAAGACACCCAUUCCACCUUAUGGAGCAGGUGGCAGUCGAUCUCUUGCACCAAUGAAUACCGGUAUGGGAGGUGCAUCUCCUAUGAGUCAACAACAACAACUUAUGCAAGCUAAUCAAACCAUUGCAAGCUUAAAUAAUCAACUUCAAGCUCUUCGUGGUGGAGCACCAAUGCCUUAUGGUGGUUAUGGAUAUUCAGGUGGAGCUCCAAUGCCCUAUGGUGGUUAUGGAUAUCCAGGUGGAACUCCAAUGCCGUAUGGUACUCCUCCAUAUAGACCUCCAAGUCCUCCUCCUCAAAAUUUUGGUGGAUACUCUCCGUAUGGAAUGCAACGGCAAAUGGCAGGCGGUACAGGCUAUCGAGAUACUGAUUUUGCAGCUAUUGCUAAUAUUGCUGGACUAAGUCCAACUGAUGUAGCACUUCUUCAUCGAGAAUAUAUGAAUUUAACACGUGGUGGUACAGUUAAAAUGGAUCGUCAUAUUAUUCGUCAAUUAUUACGAGAUGUUCUUAUUGAAUCUAAUAAUGAACAUAUUGAUCGUGCUAUUGAAAAUGUAUUUCGUUCAAUUGAUCAAAAUCAUGAUGGUUUUAUCGAUUUUCCAGAAUUUGUUGGUGCAUUUAAAGAUGUAUUAAAAGGAGAUCCUAUAAAUCAAGAUCGUUUUAUUGAUAAUGAAGUUUCUGAUAUAUUCACUGACCAAUUACGCGCAAGUGGUGUUGGUUCUGGUAUUGGUUCUCGACCAGUAGCUUUGGUUCAACAACCACAAGUAGCAAUACAACGUGCUCCAAGUUGUAGAUUAAGUAUUGCACCAUUAGCAUCUACAGGUGUUCAGCAAUCAUCAAUGAUUUGCAGUCGUAUACCAAUUUGUCCAAUAUCAGAUGCAACUGCACCUUUAAUUACAUUUGGUUCAAAUAAAUCAUCAUGUGUAAUUGCGACUCCUGGUCAAUAUUUGAUAACACAACCUACAGCUUUACAAUGCAUGCCUUUACCAAUCAUGUGA